AUGGCUUCAGUUGAUGAUGUCGAUGGGGGCGAAACCUUCGAUGAAGAAGCAGAAGAGAGAGAUCAAGGUGAAAUCGAGCAGUUGCUUAGGGAGUUCGUCGACGAGCCUUCGAUUCGCCACGAUCAGAUUCCUGAGAGUGAUGACGAGCAAGAGAAAGGCUGCAAAAAGAAACCAGCAGAUGUAACUCACAUCAAGCGCGGUGAUGGAAGGUUAUACCAGAAGCAGACAUUCGUAAACGGCGUUGGUUUCAAAGAUUGUGUGCUUGACUAUGCUCUUAGAACGGGCCGCAAUAUCCAGCAGUACAGGUACGAUAAGGAUAAAAUUGGCUUUAGGUGUUUGGGUUCUAAUGAAGAAGGAACUUGUGAGUGGAAAAUCUAUGCUUCAGUUCUGCCAAGUGAUAAUGUGUGGAAAGUGAGAGUGUUUGUUGAGACUCAUUCAUGUGUGCCUAACGGACAGUGUUCAAUGCUGAGGGUUCCACAAAUAGCUAGGUUGUUUAUUGAUAAAAUCAGAGAAGAACCUGAUUAUUACAUGCCUAUGAAGAUUGAAGAACUGAUUCUAGAGAAAUGGGGGAUCACGGCAUCAAGGCCUCAGUGUCAAGCUGCUAGAACUAAGGCGCUGAAGUGGCUUGAGUUUGAGUAUGAUCAUCAGUUCGCUUGUCUUCGAGAUUAUGCGGCUGAGAUACAUGAAUCAAACGUAGACUCCACUGUGGUGAUUGAGACUCUAAAAAAUGCAGAAGGAAAAGAUGAGUUCAACAGGUUCUACGUUUGCUUUGAAAACAUAAGAAGGACAUGGAAGGAGACAUGUAGACCUUUGCUUGGAAUUGAUGGAUGCUUUGUUAAACACAAGGUCAAAGGACAAGUGUUGGUGGCAUUAGGAAGAAACGCAGAUAAUGCCAUUUAUCCAGUGGCAUGGGGUGUAGUUCAAGUUGAAAAUACAGAGAAUUGGUCAUGGUUUGUGAGAAUGGUAAAGGAAGACUUAGGACUUGAGGAUGGCGAGGGGUUUGUUCUUGUGUCUGAUCGCCAAAAGGGUUUGAUAGCUGCAGUUAAGGAAGAAUUGCCUAAGCCAACUGGAGCUGGUCCUUCUAAUGUUGCUUCUCCAGCUGCAUCUCAAGCUCCCUCUCCAGCUCCUUCUCGAGCUCCCUCUCCAGCUCCUUCUCAAGAUAUGUGUUGA